AUGUCUCUUUUCAACAAGUUCAGGAGCUCCACCAACCCAGACGGCUCUAAGAAGCAAUUCAGGUGGCGCGUUUCCACCAGCAAUGAUCCCCCAGAGAUCUACAAUUGGACAUUGUACAUGUCGGUGUUGAUCUUUGGUAUUCUUGGUUCCGCUCGUGGCUACGACGAGGGGUGCAUCUCUGGGACCAAGACCCAAAAAUCCUUUAUCCACCAGUUUGGCCUUAAGGACCCGACUAAAACCGAAGACGAAUUGGCCACCUUGAAGUCAAAUAUUACAUCCAUGGUGCAAUUAGGUUCCAUUGGUGGCUCGUUGAUGGCCAUAUACUUUGUCGACCGGUUCGGGAGAAUCAGAACCUUACAAGGGGUGUGUGCCUUCUGGGUGGUGGCUGCCAUUAUCCAAAUCACCAGUAAAACCGUUGGCCAGUUGUACGCUGGCAGAUUGCUUGAAGGGUUCUCCAUCGGCCAGACCGUGGUGUGUGGUCCAACCUACUUAUCAGAAGUGGCCCCUAAGAGUAUCCGUGGGUUGUGUACCUGUAUUUUUGCGGGAACCGUUUAUUUUGGGAUUAUGUUGGCGUAUUUUGCCAAUUACGGCACUGCCCUACACGUUUCUAACACGUCCAAUCUUCAGUGGAUUGCACCAACCUCCAUUAAGAUUGUUUUAGCCGGUUUGUUGUUCAUUGGGUCGGUCUUCUUUUGCAUCGAAAGUCCCCGUUGGUUGAUCAAGGUUGGCAAGCACGAGCAAGCGGUGAAGAACCUCUCCAAGAUCAGAAAUUUGCCGGUCGACCACCCGUACAUUCUUAGUGAAAUUGCCGAUGUGAACGAGCAGGUUCAACAGUUGGAGAAAGCAUCGGAGUCACAUUCUAUGUGGAACAUUUUAGUUGAAUUCUUCACCAUCAAGUCGCUUAGAUACAGACUCUUUUUGGGCAUCGGUAUUCAGAUUUUGGGCCAAUGGUCCGGUGCCAACGCGAUUACAAUCUACGCCCCCGAGUUCUUUGCCAUGGUUGGAAAGGCUAAGUCCACCGAUCAGUUAAUGAUGACUGCUAUUCUUGGAGUGGUGAAGCUCACGUCCGCUUACUUAUGCGCCUUCUUUGUUGUGGACUUCUUGGGAAGAAGAAAGUCUUUGUACAUCGGUAUUACCAUCCAGCUUGUUUCUACGCUUUACUUUGCAAUCUACUUGACCCUUGUUCCACAAGCGGCCGAGGACCAUGUCGAUUUAACGUUGUCCCAGAAGGCCGCUGGUAGAGGGGCGAUGGCAAUGAUCUAUAUGAGUGGUGUGGGUUGGACUAUGGGCUGGAACUCCAUCCAAUACUUGAUCAACUCCGAAAUCUUCCCCUUGCGGUCCAGAAAUAUCGCCACCUCUGUCAUCAUGGUGUUCCACUUUGCCAACCAGUAUGCCAACUCCAAGGCGACUCCACACAUGUUGUUGGCGAUGAGUAAUUAUGGUGCGUUCUACUUUUUCUUUACGGUCUUGGCUAUCGGUAUUUCGUGGUGCUGGUUCUUUGUUCCUGAAGUGGCUGGGAGAAGUUUGGAGAGUAUGGAAGAGUUGUUCAACUUGCCUUGGUACUUGAUCGGAAGAAGGGGUGCUAAGUUAUGUCCAGAUCACACCGAGAUCACGAGAGUUCACUACCACGGUGAAAAGGAAGGUGCGGCCCGCAUUUCCAUCUCGGACAAGGGCGAGGUUACCCACUUUGAGGGUGCUGACAGUGACUCGAUUGACCAAGAGUCUUUCCAUUCCAAGCAUUCGGGAGAUGUGCACGUCUAAUCGAGCGGGCUGUGAACUAUCCUUGGUGCGUUGAACGCUAGCCAGAUAUGUAUUGGAUUCUUUAGGCGAAACGGCCUAGGUCUAUUUUUUUUAGCCCAUUCUAUUUAUUUUCAUUAUAUUACUUCCUCCUUUCGCAGCCUGGACUAUCUGCAAGGCUAUCUGCGGAUUGCAUUUCAAUAUUGGGGUGAGAACAUUAUCUGAGACUUUGCGCGUGCUAUUCGGUAAUUAGCUACGUUCGGACUGAGCUGAGAAAACAGGGUGAUCGGCAUCUUGGCUUGAUUAUUAACGCCAGAUCUAAUUUCUUGGUUCAAUGGUUUACCUGGAUAAUACAGACUAUUCUCUCCGAUUUUAUGUU